AAAAAUGACAGAACCGUCGGCUAGCGAAGAAGUGUCUGCCGGAGUGAAUGCAGAGGAGCCGCCAAUACCGUCCAAAAAGAUUUCGCAAGUCUCACCGAAUCCAACGCUUCAAUGCGAAAUGUGCCAGAAUUAUGAAGUGAAUUUGACUGCAUUACAGGAAAACGAACGAAAGUUAAAGGAAGAAGUGAAGGCGGCAAUGGAGUUGAACGAAAGAUAUCAAUUGGAUUUGAGCAAUGAACGAGACUAUCGAAAAGAAUUGGAAAAGAAAAUGAACGAAUUAUCGACUAAUUGUUUGAAUCAGGUUAACGAGGCGGCAAAGGCAAAUGCCAAGUCGGAGCAGCGGCUGGACGAGCUCAGUGCGAAGCACGACAAAUCGAUAGAAGUAUUCACUGAUCAAUUGAAUUUGGCUCGUGACAAACUGCAACAAGCCGACGAUGACUUUGUUACAUUAGGAAAAAAGUACAAAAAGCUUCUCGGGUCCACACGAAAAUCAGCACAAGAACUUCGGUCCGAGAAAAUCGAUAUGCCAGCUGAUCUUGAUCAAUUACAAUUUAUUUGUCUCAAGAAUAGGGAAGAAUUGAUAGAAACUCGAGCUGCAAAAGAGCACACCGAGCAGCAGCUGCAGGAUGAGAUCACCGUCCUGCGAGCUCAGAUUCUAGAAGAAAGAGCGCACAGAGAAGAUCAGGAAGUGACAUUUACUGCAGAGAUCAGCAGAUUGCAGUCGGAAUUAGGAAAGAUCAACACUCGAAUGGUUGUUGCAUCGGAAACAAUUGCAGAUCAAGAUUCGAAUAUCAGACAAAUUAGAGAUCUUCAAACAACUGUCGGUGAACUUGAGACGCAGGUUCAGCAGGUUCAAAAUGAGAGAGCCGCUGUUGAACAGACGGCACAGAACUACAAGCAACGGUGCACAAGUCUUCAACAAGAACUCGACACAUCUGAAGUUGUGCAGAGAGAUUUUGUGAAAUUAUCUCAAAGCCUCCAAAUUCAAUUGGAGAAGAUUCGACAGUCGGAACAAGAAGUACGAUGGCAAUGGGAUGAUGAUGUAGAUCAAUGCUCAAAUUGUGAUACAUCGUUUGCUAGAGUUAAAGUUAAACCUCACUGUCUUCAUUGUGGUCGGAUAUUCUGCAUGAACUGCCUGAAAGACACCGUUCCAAGUGGACCAAAUCAUCGACCAGCCAAUGUGUGCAAAGUAUGUCACACACUGCUCAAUCGGGAUACAAAACCAUUCUUUGCAACGCAGGAUAAGUAAUAAUUCAUCUGGAAUGCUUAUUCUGUCGCUGAUUAUCCACAACUCGCCCUUCCAAUUUCACUUUCGCCACCUUUUCCCGAUUUUAUAUGUGCAUCAUCCGUGUGCUAGAAUGUCUAGUCUUUUAAUUCUUGUACAAUGCUUAAUCUAUUCUAUAUACGUACAUAUAUACCAGAAAUUGAUCUAAAAUUGUGCAUUAAAAUUUGUUUUAUUGACUUUUAUGAAAUUAGAAUUAUUU